GAUUUUUGGAAACUGUGACUGAUUGAUUUAUCCAAAACCCAAACGGUAACGCAACCUUUCCGUAUUCCCAAGGUACUCCGAUGUCGGAUCCGGAGCUCCUUAUGGAUCCUCCGGUAGUGAACGAGUCACCCUUCUCUGAGAUUUGGCCAUUCUCAGUGAACUAUGGUAUCCAUUUGCCGCUCAAUCCGGGUCAAGACUUCACUAGUCGAGGCGAAGUAUUUGGGUAUUCCGGUAACAAUUACAUAUCGGCGGCUGAGGAGUCUACGGUGACGGAGCUAACCGGAGAAGGAAGAAAGAGAAGACCUUUGACCUCUCGAGACGAAUCUUCUAAGAUUCUCUCUUCUUGCACCAGCGUUACUCGAUUGAAGGAUUCGAGCAAGAAGAAGAAAAUGAAAGUUUGUGGAUCUGAAGGCGAAACUGAGGAUGGUUUGAGACCUGAAGGUGAAACAAGCUCAGGUGGUGGAAGCAAAGCAACAACAGAAGAAAAGAGUCCACCAAAGGAUUAUAUUCACGUGAGAGCAAGACGAGGACAAGCUACUGACCGGCACAGUCUAGCUGAGCGAGCUAGAAGAGAAAAGAUCAGUGAGAGGAUGAAGUUUCUUCAGGAUUUGAUUCCAGGAUGUAAUAAGAUUAUCGGAAAAGCUCUUGUGCUUGAUGAGAUUAUCAACUAUAUUCAGUCGUUGCAAAGACAAGUUGAGUUUCUAUCGAUGAAGCUAGAAGUAGUUAAUUCAGAUGUGAGCAGUGGUCCAAAAGUAGGAAUGUUUCCUUCUGGAGAUCUUAAUACUCUGCCAAAUGAGGUUCCACGAACAUUGUUCGAUCAACAAGAAGCUGAUAUAGGCCUAGGGUCUCAACCGGACUGGCUCCAUGUGAGAAUUGAUGGAAACUUCGACCGAACCGAGUGAAUUAAUGUUCUUGAGGGUGUGUCUUGUGUAUAAUUUAGCUGACAGUAGGUAGAAAAGAAACUUGACCCUUAAAUUAUUUAUCUAUGUAUUAAUUACUUUAAUCAGCAAGACUGUUAUCAAAUACAGUUAUCAUCAUUAGUAAGAUUUAAUUUUAAUGCUC